AUGGCCCUAAUGGUUCACCUGAAGACGGUCGCUCACCUCCGGGGGAGAGCUGACAGGAUCGCCAAAGUUACCUUCAGAGGUCUGCCCUUCUACAGCCGCAUAGCGGAGAACUGCGAGGAGGUGGCCAACUUUAACGAGAUGUUUCGAUGGCCCAUUGCCAGCAGGCUGGAUGGAAACGAGAUGCUCGAGAUCCAGAUCUACAACUACAGCAAAGUCUUCUCCAACAGACUGGUCGGGACCUUCUGCAUGGUGCUGCAGAAGGUGGCUGAGGAGGGACACCUGGAGCUGACCGACACGCUCAUCGACGACAACAACACGUCGAUAAAGACCAGCGUCACCAUCGAGAUCCGGUACCAGCCGAUGGACGGCACGGUGGGCAUGUGGAGCGACGGCGAGUUCCUGGACGUUCCUGACGACCGCGACGGGAUGUUCGCCUUCGAAACGGACAGUUUGCUGUCGGGGCAGAGCCACGGCUCGGGGACGUCGCCUGGUCGCUCUCUGCAGGGAUCCAUACCCACCUUCAGAAAAGCAGGGAAGGGGGUCUUCUCAGCCAUGAAGCUCGGCAAGAUCAAGAGCUCUAAAGACGACCACAAGAAAGGAGAUGAGCCGGCAGUCCUGGACAUGGAGGACCUGGACAGGAAAGCGAUGCGUCUCGCCGGCACGCUGGACCCAGACACCAUCUCUUUGGCCUCGGUCACCGCCGUCACCACCAACGUGUCCAACAAGAGGUCAAAGCCAGAUAUCAAGAUGGAGCCGAGCUCUGGACGACCGGUGGAUUACCAGAUCAGCAUCACGGUGAUCGAGGCCCGACAGCUCAUCGGCCUCAACAUGGACCCGGUGGUGUGCGUGGAGAUCGGAGACGACAAGAAGUACACGUCUAUGAAGGAGUCGACCAACUGCCCGUACUACAACGAGUAUUUCGUGUUUGACUUCCACGUCCCUCCUGAUGUCAUGUUCGACAAGAUCAUCAAACUGUCGGUUAUUCAUUCUAAAAACCUUCUCCGGAGCGGGACCUUGGUGGGAACCUUCAAGAUGGACGUCGGGACUGUUUACUCUCAGCCUGAACAUCAGUUCUACCACAAGUGGGCCAUCCUGUCUGACCCUGAUGACAUCACAGCGGGGUGCAAAGGGUACAUCAAGUGUGACAUCGCCGUGGUUGGGAAGGGCGACAACAUCAAGACCCCGCACAAGGCCAACGAGACGGAUGAGGACGACAUAGAAGGAAACCUGCUGCUCCCAGAGGGAAUCCCAGCAGAGCGGCAGUGGGCCAGGUUUUAUGUGAAGAUCUACCGCGCCGAGGGGCUUCCCAAAAUGAACACCAGCAUCAUGGCUAAUGUGAAAAAGGCCUUUAUAGGAGAGAACAGAGACCUGGUGGACCCCUACGUUCAAGUGCAGUUUGCUGGGCAGAAGGGAAAGACUUCAGUCCAGAAGAGCAGCUAUGAACCGAUCUGGAACGAGCAGGUCGUCUUCACCGAGCUCUUCCCUCCGCUCUGCAAGAGGCUAAAAGUCCAGAUAAGAGACUCUGAUAAGGUCAACGACGUUGCCAUAGGAACCCACUUCAUCGACCUACGCAAGAUAUCAAACGACGGCGAUAAAGGGUUCUUGCCCACGCUGGGUCCAGCCUGGGUCAACAUGUACGGUUCCACCCGCCAGUACACCCUCAUGGACGAGCACCAGGACCUGAACGAAGGACUCGGUGAAGGAGUGUCCUUCAGAGCUCGACUCCUGCUGUCCAUCGCCGUGGAGAUCCUGGACACCACUUCGCCGGAGAUCUUCAGCUCCACUGAGGUCCAGAUGGACACCGUGUCCAACAUCUCAGAGAGCGCCACGGGGAAGAUAGACGAGUUCUUCCUCUUCGGUUCCUUCCUGGAAGCCACCAUGAUCGACAGGAAGAUUGGCGACAAAGCCAUCAGUUUUGAAAUCACGUUAGGUAACUACGGCAACCAGAUAGACGGCGUGAGCAAACCUUCGAUGUCAAAGAGGAAGAAGAAGGACGGGGAGAGCGAAGAGGAGGAAAGUGAGCUGAUCCAGAACUCCAGCGAGGACGAGGCGGACGAGGACAGCGACCUCGUCUCAGUUUCCUCGACUCCUCUCAUGAAGCCCGUCAUCACCGACAGGAACUACUUCCACCUCCCCUACUUUGAAAAGAAGCCGUGUGUCUACAUCAAGAGCUGGUGGCAGGACCAGAGGAGGCGACUUUACAACUCCAACAUGAUGGAUAAAAUUGCAGACAAGCUGGAAGAAGGUUUGAAUGAUGUUCAGGAGGUCAUUAAGACGGAGAAGGCCUUUCCAGAGCGCCGACUCAGAGGAGUGCUGGAGGAGCUCAGCGUCGGCUGCAGUCGCUUCGUGACUCUGGCGAACAAGGACGUGAACCAGGCGGGCAGAACCAAACUCGAUCGAGAACGGCUCAAGUCCUGCAUGAGAGAGAUGGACAGCAUGGGCCAACAGGCCAAGCAGAUUCGGACUCAAGUGAAGAAGAACACAGUCAGAGACAAGCUCAAGUUGGUGCAGAACUUCCUGCAGAGGCUCCGUUUCCUUGCUGACGAGCCUCAGCACAGCAUCCCAGAUGUUUUCAUCUGGAUGAUGAGCAACAACAAGCGCAUCGCUUACGCCCGGGUUCCUUCCAAAGACAUCCUGUACUCCAUAGUGGACGAAGAAACCGGCAAAGACUGUGGAAAAGUCAAAGCUGUCUUCCUCAAGCUGCCCGGUAAGAAGGGCUUCGGUCCUGCCGGCUGGACCGUUCAGGCCAAGCUGGAGCUGUAUCUGUGGCUGGGCCUCAACAAGCAGCGGAAGGACUUCCUCACCGGUCUGCCCAACGGGUUUGAAGAGCUCAAAGCAGCUAAAGUGGGUUCUGGUCUUCAGUCUGUCCCCCCCGUCAGCCUCGUCUACAACAUGAAGCAGGUGUUUCAGCUCAGAGCCCACAUGUACCAGGCCCGCAGCCUGUUUGCCGCCGACAGCAGCGGCCUGUCGGACCCCUUCGCUCGCGUCUUCUUCUCCACACACAGCCAGGUUACCGAGGUCCUGAGUGAGACCCUGUGCCCGACGUGGGACCAGCUGCUGGUGUUUGACGACGUGGAGCUGUUCGGUGAAGCCAGCGAGCUGAGAGACGACCCUCCCAUCAUCGUGGUGGAGAUCUACGACCAGGACACUGUGGGUAAAGCAGAGUUCAUAGGCCGGACUUUUGCGAAGCCCACCAUCAAGAUGUGCGACGAGCACUACGGGCCCCCGAGGUUCCCGCCACAGCUGGAGUACUACCAGGUCUACAGAGGGAACUGCACCGCCGGGGAGCUGCUGGCUGCCUUCGAGCUGCUGCAGAUCGGUCAGGGAGGCAGAGGCGACCUUCCUCCCCUCGAGGGCCCGACGGACUCCGAGCGUGGACCCAUCCUUCCUGUGCCGCUGGGCAUCCGACCCGUCCUGAGUCGCUACCGCAUUGAGGUUUUGUUCUGGGGAUUAAGGGACCUGAAGAGGAUUAACUUAGCUCAGGUGGAUCGGCCUCGUGUGGACAUAGAGUGUGCAGGUAGGGGCGUCCAGUCUGCCCUCAUCCAGAACUACAAGAAGAAUCCCAACUUCAGCACACUGGUCAAGUGGUUCGAGGUGGACCUCCCAGAAAACGAGCUCCUCCAUCCUCCUCUCAACAUCCGGGUGGUGGACUGCAGAGCGUUCGGCCGCUACAUCCUGGUGGGGUCCCACGCCGUCAGCAGCCUGAGACGCUUCAUCUACAGCACACCAGACAAGAACUCCAACAACUGGGCCACUGCAGGUGACAUGAUCGUCAACAUGGACGCCGAGCCUCUGGUCCGAAAGAUGGACACGGUCGUCAAACUGGACGCUAUGUCUGACGCUGUUGUAAAAGUUGACAUGACUGAAGAAGAGGGUGACAAAAAGAAGAAGAAGAAGAAAAAGAAGGGAGGCGUGGAGGAAGAGGAAGAGACAGACGAGCGAGUGCUGGACUGGUGGUCGAAAUAUUUCGCUUCAAUCGAGACUCUUAAGGAGACCCUCAGAGCCCAGGAGGCGGCUCAGGCGGAGGCGGAGGAGAGAGAGGACCUGGAGAUAGCGGCUGAAGCGGCAGAUAUCAAACCCGAUGACCUUCUUCUGAAAGGCUCCAAGAUGAAGGAGAAGACCAAGGAGAAGAAGAGCUCCAAGGACAAGAAGAAGGGUCUGGCUACGGACGGCUCUGAGAAGCGUCCGGUUAAAACAAAAGUGGACGAGCUGAUGGUGUACAACAAGGAACUGGAGACUGAGUACGGCAACUUUGAAGACUGGCUUCACACUUUCAACCUGUACCGAGGAAAGGCCGGGGACGACGACGAGCACGCCCUGGACGACGACAGGAUUGUUGGCAGAUUCAAGGGAUCCUUGUGCAUGUACAAGCUGCCUCUGUCCGAGGAGAUCACAAGAGAGGCGGGAUUUGAUCCUAACAUGGGCAUGUUCCAGAGCAUCCCACACAACGAUCCGAUCAACGUGCUCGUCCGUGUCUACGUCGUUAGGGCGACAGACCUCCAUCCUGCUGACAUCAACGGGAAGGCUGAUCCCUACGUCGUCAUCAAACUGGGCAAGUCAGAAGUCAAAGACAAAGAGAACUACAUCUCCAAACAGCUCAACCCUGUGUUUGGCAAAUCGUUCGACAUCGAGGCCACGUUCCCCAUGGAGUCCAUGCUCACCGUGUCCGUGUACGACUGGGAUCUGGUUGGCACCGACGACCUGAUCGGAGAGACGAAGAUCGAUUUGGAGAAUCGCUUCUACAGCAAGUUCAGAGCCACCUGCGGCAUUUCAUCCAACUACUCUGUCCACGGGUACAACGUUUGGCGGGACCCUAUGAAGCCCAGCCAGAUCCUGGCUAAGCUCUGUAAGGAAGGCAAGAUCGAUGGACCUCAUUACGGGCCAGGAGGCAAAGUCAAGGUGGCCAGUCGGAUCUUUACGGGACUGACAGAGAUCGAGGAUGAAAACGGCCUGAAGAAGCAGACGGAGGAGCAUUUAGCCCUGGCGGUGCUGAACCACUGGGAGGAGAUCCCCCGAGUCGGCUGCAAGCUCGUCCCUGAACACGUGGAGACCAGACCGCUGCUGAACCCCGACAAGCCCGGCAUCGAGCAGGGCCGUAUUGAGAUGUGGGUGGACAUGUUUGCUAUGGAUAUGCCUGCUCCUGGACCCGCGAUUGAUAUAUCGCCACGGAAACCAAAGAGAUAUGAGCUCAGGGUGAUUAUUUGGAAUACAGACGAAGUAAUACUGGAGGACGAUGAUUACUUCACUGGGGAAAAGUCCAGUGACAUAUUUGUCAGGGGAUGGCUGAAAGGGCAGCAGGAGGACAAACAGGACACCGAUGUGCACUACCACUCACUGACCGGUGAGGGCAACUUUAACUGGCGCUUCGUCUUCCCCUUCGAUUACCUCAUGGCUGAGGAGAAGAUUGUGAUCUCCAAGAAAGAGUCCAUGUUCUCCUGGGACGAGACGGAAUACAAGAUCCCUCCUCGUCUCACCAUGCAGGUCUGGGACGCAGAUCACUUCUCUGCUGAUGACUUCCUGGGUGCAAUUGAGCUGGACCUGAACCGGUUCCCUCGUGGCGCCAAGACAGCCAAGCAGUGCUCCAUUGACAUGAUCCGAAGUGAGCAGGAGCUGCCCACCAUCUCCAUAUUCAAGCAAAAGAGGGUCAAAGGAUGGUGGCCGUUUGUGGCCCGCGAUGAGAACGAUGAGAUGGAGCUCACGGGGAAGGUGGAGGCCGAGCUCCACCUACUGACAGCCGAAGAGGCGGAGAAAAGUCCUGUGGGGCUGGGCCGAAACGAGCCCGAUCCGCUGGAGAAACCAAAUCGCCCGGACACCAGUCUUAUGUGGUUUCUCGGCCCCCUGAAGUCCAUUCGUUACUUCAUCUGGCACAACUACCGCUGGCUGAUCCUCAAGGCCCUGGGGCUGGUACUGCUGCUGCUCAUGCUGGGCCUCUUCCUCUACUCAAUUCCCGGCUACCUGGUCAAGAAGAUGCUGGGGGCCUGA